UGGUAGUGCCACGCACUCUCGCCAGUUGGAAUUGAGAUUUCGGAGCACAAACACCAAAAGUUGACAAACUACCGCUAGUUUAUAGUACAAAUGUGCAACACUCGACCAAAACUCAUACUUAUUAUUGUUAAUGUUCUUAUAAUUACAAAGGAACUUUUCCACCCCGUUGUUGAUUUUACUCGAAAAAAUUACGGUGCUUCUGGUGUUUAAUAACGUAUAAAAAUUUAAAAGUCACUAACUCAGGUUGCAAAUGAAAACGUACUAUAUGUACCAGUGUAAUUGUCUGGUGUAUUUAAAUGAAAUAAAUUAGUGGCAAUGAAGUGAGAAGGAAUUAUGGCGCCUGAUUUCACCAUCGUAUUAAGGCAAUAGAAAGUGAAAGUAUUUGAGACCUUUUAGAAAUCGAUUAAAUAUAUAUACAUAUAUAUGUAUAUAUGUGUAUGUGUACAUAUUAAAUAAUGCUAAUCUAAAUAUUUACACAUAAUUAACAAAUUAAGCAUAACGUAUUUGAAAAAAAUUGAAGAAGUAUGGUUACACGAGCAUCCAGUGUGCCCCAUUUGAAUAGCAGUGGCGGAAGCAGCAAUGAAAGCGCCGCCGGUAGCGCGUCCGGAUCUAGUGGUCGGCGAAGUCGCCUGCCCAAUUCGCGAACACGACAUGUUGGUAAAAGUGUCACGCCCAUUCAGACACGCAGUACACCAGGCAGCAUGCCGCGUUCUCGAAGCCUUACCCACGGAAUGCAAAGAGUCACUCCUCAAAAGUCCUCAAAUAGUUCGGGUGGUGUGCGCUCGAGAAACACUCCAGUCUUUUUACGUUCCAGGGAGAACGAAAUUGGUAGUGCGGAUACUUUGGAAAUAGUGGCCUCGAAAUCCACUGGCAGUGAACCCUCGACACCGGAGGACAACAUCAAUGUUGUGGUGAGGGUGCGACCGCUGAAUGAGAAGGAAAAACGUGACAGAUAUGGCAUGAUUCUUCAGUUCCCUGGAAAUGGACAAAUUAUUAUCGAAAGCAGUGAGAGAAACAACAAGAGAUCACGAAAUCAAGAGAAUGUUCAUGUAUUUACUUAUAACGUUGUAUUUGAACCCGGAGCGACUCAGGAGGAUAUUUUGGAUUAUUCAGGUAUCAAACGCAUCAUUGACAUGGCAAUCGAAGGUUUUAGCUGUACUGCAUUUUGUUAUGGACAAACUGGAUCGGGGAAAACUCAUACGUUGACUGGUCCACCUGACUUGUUUCACGGCAAACCGAAUCUAAACGAUCCCCGACAUGGUCUUAUCUUCCGGUCGUUUUUAUACCUCUUCCAGUUGAUAAAAAAUCGAAAGGACGUAAAUUAUGUAUUGAAAGCAUCUUUUCUUGAAAUCUACAAUGAACGAGUGAUUGAUUUAUUGAAUCCAGGAUCAGCGAGGAAGCCACUGGCAGUUCGUUGGUCAAAAAAAUCACGAGGAUUCUUUGUAGAGAACCUUUUCACUGUAGAUUGCGAAGAGUUAGAUGACCUGUUAGCAGUUCUGGAAGAAGGGAUGAGAAACCGCGCUGUUGGAUCCCAUGCCAUGAAUGAUCACUCGUCCCGAUCGCAUACCAUGCUCACGGUGCAUAUUAUUUCAGAGCAACAAACCGACGGUGGAGUUUUUAUUUCAAAGCAUGGAAAAAUCAACUUUGUAGAUCUGGCUGGCAGCGAACUCACCAAGAAAACGCUUAGUGAAGGCAAGACUCUGGAAGAAGCUAAUAAUAUAAACAAAAGUUUGAUGGUUUUGGGUUAUUGCAUUGCAUCACUGAGCGACGGCAAAAAAAGAUUUGGUCACAUUCCCUACCGGGAUAGCCAACUAACUAAAUUACUCGCUGACAGUUUAGCUGGAAAUGGCGUUACGCUCAUGAUCGCUUGUGUAUCUCCAGCGCAAUAUAAUCACGCCGAGACCUUGAACACUUUACGUUAUGCGUCAAGAGCCAAACGUAUUCGCACGAAACCUGUCAUUAUGAUGGAUCCACGUGAGGCACUCAUUCUUAGCCUAAAACGUGAUAUAAACGCUUUAGUAAUGGAAAAUGAUCACCUCAAAUCCGCACUCAACUUGCACCAUGAAUCACUCAAGACUCCGAAUGACAUACACCAGAAUGGAGAAUUAUUGGAAAUGCAUCUUGAGCGUGUUGCCACCGGUGGCAUGGCAGUACCAAAAGUUGAUUUGGAACGAUUGGCGGAGCUGGAUGGAAAUGAACUAGCCGAACUAGUGAAAUUAUAUAUGCAAGAGAACGAAGCAUUACGACAGGAAAACAAUCACCUAUUUACAGUGCGCGAAACCAUAAUCAGGGACCAAGAAAUUGUAUGUCGCGAGAAUGAACGAUUGUUAAAAAAGCUUGAGGAUGUUAAUAAGGUUUGUGUGCGUUCACCUCUAAUACCCGCGCGUUCCGCAAUAACGGCCGACUCUGGGAAUGGCACAGCAAGAUCCGAGAUUUGGACAAAUCCUCACGAUGUACCUAUCCAUCAGCGCUCUACUGAAAUGGAAGGCAGGAUAUCGGAGAAUAAAGAUAAGCGCUCUGAUGAGGAUCAACGUAUAAUCGAUCAACAACGCAUUGCAAAAAAUAUUAUGUUAAUGGCCAGUUCAUUUCCGAAAAAGCCUGAUGAGAUAAACAAAGAAGGAUACCAAACUGAAGAAUGGAAAAUGUUACUAAACGACAGACCGAAAACACCCCAAGCAGAUUAUAUGCCGGACAUGCUUAUGUGAACAAAUGCACAUGACAGUUAAUGCCGAUAUACUAUAUAUGGAUGUGAUACAUAGAUUUGGUGUACAAAACAUCGUCUAUUAAGUACAAAAUGAAAAUACCUGAAAAUACUUAAAAGCUAAAUAUAUACAUAUAUGUUCAUAUGUAUGUACAUAUAUAUAGAUAUCUAUCUAUAUUACAAGGUGCGUUCCAAAGUAAACAGGCCUUUUUGAAUCUAGCGCCCCCUGGUGGGCCGCCAUCUAUAUGUGCGUUAGAAUCUGCUAUCUUUAUCGAUUGUCCAGAGAGAAUUUCAUAACAUUUCAUCAAUUAGAAAUGAAGUUAUUGCGUUUUAAGUGUCAUUAUGUUUGUGUUAUCGGUGCGAAAAUGAGCUUCGAACAAAGGCCAACAUUCAAUUUUGUUUUAAAAUUGGCGAAAUUUUUAUCGAAACGUUUCAACUGAUGAAACACGUUUAUAGCGAUGAUUGCCUUUCCCGUAACAGAGUGGUUUCAACGUUUUCAAAGUGGUCAUGAAGACAUAAAUGACGAUCAACAUGUAGGCCAAUCAAAAUUCGAGAUCACCGGAAAUUCCAUCGAAACUGUGCGUGCAUUCAUCAAAAAUCAGCCGAAAUCAUCAUUGAAAUUUAUGGAAAUGGAAUUGAACAUCUCCAAAACAUCAAUUUAUCACAUUUUGACCGAACAUUUGGGCUUACGAAAGGUGUGUGCACGGUUUGUUCCGCGCACCGCACAAAUUGACUGACGACCAAAAAUUGCUCAGAAUAAAACAUUCGAAGGACGAUUAUUUGACCAAAAAUCACAUUUUAGCCAUAAACCUCUCCCCGUAUUCACCUGAUAUGGCACCGUGCGACUUUUUCCUUUUCGGAAGAAUGCAUUUGCCCAUGAAAGGAAGGCGUUAUGCAGACGUAGAAGCCAUUCAAAAGGCUUGCACCGGAAUACUGGCGGCCAUACCGGCCAACGAGCUAAAACACUCGUUCGACAUGCUUUUGGACUGUGCAAAAAGCUCUAUUGAAGCAGAAGGAGACUAUUUUGAACAAAAUAAAUUGAUUUUUCCGAAAAAACUAUUUGUUAUUUUUUUUUUUAAGUCCUGUGUGCUUUCGAACGCUCCUUGUAUAUUUAAGAUGGGAACAAUCUGAUAUUUGUAAGAACGGAAAUUCACAUAUAGUACACAUACGAAAACUAGCUUUAUGCUUAUAAAUCUGACUAUUUUCAAGUGUUUGAAAAGUUAAAAACAUAUUUACUGAGCUGUACAGAAAGCAUGUAAAGAGUACACUGGAUUUUGGAAUUAAAUUUCAACUUAAAGUGUAUUGGGUCGUUCACUAAGUAAUUUGAAUUUUAGAGCAAUUAAAAUACAUAUUUAUAUUGUGUAAAUCAUUUUAUGAAAUUAUAUAUUCUCCAUGAAUUUAUAUAUUCAUCAACGAUUUGCAUAGAUCAAGGAUUUAUUUAAUCCACAUCGGUUUCAAGAGACCUUCCAGGACGUUGUACAUCCUCAAGUUCGAAAUUUCCGGAACGAAAUUGUGCAAAUCAAUUUCGUCCGUCCGUUAUUACAGCCUUUUACGAAAGCCUUACUUAAACUGCAAUUUUCCCUUUUUGACAGUAAAACAAUAAAGUAUGCCAAAAAUGGUUUUUUCGAUUUUUCAUCUUCAAUAGGGCACCAAAGAAAACUUUUAUAUUAGCCAUUCAAUUAUAUAACGGUAAAGCGAGUUUGUGAAGUUGGCUGGGCAAAAAUUCAAUGAAAGCAUCAUCAAACGAAAUUAUUUAGUGAACGACCCAAUAAUUGUAGUUAUUGUUUAUAUUUUCAGACAAUGGUAUUUUCAAUCAGAAAAACCAAACUCAAAAUAUGUAACUAUAUAUAUAUAUAUAUAUGUAUAUAUAUUUCGAAAUAAUCAAUUAAAUGUAAUUGUUUUUGUUGAAAAGUCAUUUGAACUUCGAGUGUGUGUAUGUUGCAAAUUGAAUGCCCUCAUUACACCCAAACGUACCACGUGCAUGUAGGAUCAUGGUAAUUUUAAGUUUUUCAAUCUGCAAAGAACUUUGCUGAUUGUGAUGGCUGCACAUAGGAUGGUUUUGGUAAUGGAUCAUACGAUUCUCUUUCCGUUCACCCCUCCAAGCAUAAGUGUCCUAGCUGGUGCAUCCAGAAUAAAUGCUGUACAUUUUAUUAUAAGUUUUGCUUUCAUAAGAGAAUCAAUUUUUGAGAAGAUCGUUCAAAAAUAAAUCUAAAAUAUUAGUAAGCUCUUCAUA